GGCAAGGCGGCAAGGCCAAGCGCUAUGAACCGCCAUGGCAGUGCCCCCGGUGGGCAUCGGUGUCCAAGCGCCCGGAGUUCCGUGGAGCGCCCUUCCCCUGAAUUUGGCAGGCCAGGCCCAGGCUGCCCAGGCUGCCCAGGCUGCCCAGGCUGCCCAGGCUGAUGGUCAAGUGGCUCAUGGCUCGGCGAGUGCCGGCAACUUUGGAAUGGUCUUUGGCUUUAUGCCGAACGUUGGCCACUUUGGAGCCAUGCAGUCCAUGAUCAUCCCACCUGCCAUGACACUCCCGCAACUCGGUCUAAAUGCUCCAGCGGCUUCAGUGGGUCUCACUGGUCCAAGUGGUCUGGCAUCCAGUCAGGCAGGCCGCUUUGCCUUAGAGAUCUCACAAACCGAGCAUGCGAUUGCUCGGUCAACCCCCGCUGUCAAAGCUCCUCCAGGCCGAGCUGGCGUUGUCCAGGCUGCGCCCACGGUGAGCCGGGCAUCCACUGCGGAGAGUUCUCAAGUUUCGGGCUCCUUGAACAGGUCCCAAACUGUCGGGUCACUCUUGUCUGCCUAUGAUGAUGAGGCUGAAAGCCAAGAUGAGAUGGAGCCCGAAGAGCCUCAAAAACCAGCGGAGCGCCUGGAGAAGCCAACGCUGGCAUCGAGAAGCUGGCAGAAUUGGGAGGAUAUGCUGGAUGCGCGACGGCGCCACGGGAUUGUUAUCGGGAAGCAGCCUGAUGAUCUUAUUAUGGCUUGGCCCAGGGAUGCAUCUGCAUAUCCGCCCGGACAUCCACCAGCGGUUCCUCCUGGCUGCUGCAGUGAACAAUGCAGUUGCAUGGAUGGCACAAAGAGGCCAGAGCAGUGGGAGACAAAGAAGCCCUGGCUGGAUGAUGAGUCGGAAGAGGCCAAAACUCGCGCUCAGCUUGCCCAGCAGAGCGUGGAGGCCCUGAGCACCCAGUCCUUUUGCACACGUCGAGGGCGCAUGUCCAAGCAGCACUUCUUGGAAGCUCGAGAAGCCAGUUCUCCGCUGUCAGAGGCUCGAUCUGGGCUGCACGAGUUGGGGAAAGCCCUGGCAGAAGCGUUGCGAGAUGCCAUUGCGGCCGUGUCGUCCAAGACCCUUUCUGAGGGGCUCCCAAUUCCUGUGAGAUCACUGCUGCUGGCAGGAGGGCUAGGUGCAGACUACGCACCUCUGCGGAUUCGAGCUUCGUCGGAGGCCGUGCGGAUACGCUUUGAUCCGAUUGGCACGCGGGCCACUGCCGGGCUGGCUGCAGGGGCGCCCCUACAGCUUCAGCUUGUCCUUCCAGAGGGUGAGGUUACCUUGGAUGUUUGCAGAGUCCACGACGCAGCUGACCUCAAGAAUCUGUGCCAAGCCAUUGAAGGUGCUUUGGGCAGGCUAAGAUCGCUGUCGCUGCAUUCCGUGCGCGACUCUCUCACGGAGGGUUUUUCGGAGGUGUGGGAUUUCCAACGUGGCACCUUGCGCGAGGCGGUUUCCUUCCCUCACAUGCUCAGCGUGCUCGAGAAGCUGAGGAGGAUGGCCAGUUCUGCUGCCGUCGCGCAACUGGACGUGCCCAUUCCACCCAAAGCGGCGGCUCCGGCAACACAGUGGCUGCCAGGUUUUCCUACGAUUGGUUUUGGCAGCUUGCCUGGGGCUGUGUCGCAACCUGAGACACCCUUCGGUUUUCCUGCUGGCUUUCCGCCAGGCUUUCCUCCAGGAUUUCCGCCCGGAUUCUUGGCGUUUCCAGGGCUUCCAGAAGGCCUACAUGCUUGUGGUGCCGCUUUGACCAGCGCGAGGCCACCCCCAGUCUUCAAAGGUCCGCCUCCGCCCCCACCAGAGCCCAGGUCUGUGAAAGCUCAGGCCAAGGUGCCUCCAUGGCAGUUCGCGGACCUGCCGCCACCUCCCAAAGCGCCAAUGACAACUCCGAAGUGGGCUGCGCCCUGAAGCUCAGCUGAGCGGCCUGGCGUCGAGUCGCGCGGCGAAAAAGGAUUCCGAUGUCUAAAUCCUGAAGUCCGCAGACUCCAACGCAUCUUCGAGUGCUGAAACAUUCAGGUGAUUCAGGUCAUUCUGAGGCACAGGCUGUUUGGCUGAGCCUUGUCCAAAGC